CAGGCGGCCAGGGAAAAUGGUGUCAGUUUUGGAAGGGUAUCACACACACACACACAGACAGCCGUGACAGGCCGUCUUGUGGAACAUCAGGUUUUGACACCUUGGACGGCUAUAUCAGUCUUAAAAGGACUGACUGACUGACUGACUGACUGACUGACCGACUGACUGACUGCUGUCAUCGGAAACUCACGGGGUGAUGAGCUGCCAGCUUGUGGUUUCUGGCUAGUAGGUAGAUGAGGCAGUCAGUCAGUCAGUCAGUGCCCUUGGCGCCCGUUAGAAUCAAGUCUUCAUGUCUUGCUUUUUUUUGGCUUGCCAUGUCUUGGUUCCACACUCCCGUUCGUUCCCGCAUCGAGACCUUGAUGGUCUUUUCACCGCUCGUUGAAACGGGUACCAACUCCUUUUUUUUUUCUUGGUAGGAGAAGACACAAUCUCCAAAAAGAAAAUAAGGCCAUUCUUGUCAUGGGAGGGGAGGAGCAGCCAUGAUCUGAUACGGCCGAGGGCUCAGGGGCCAAGUGUCCACACGGCGGUCAACGGGAAGGAAAGGAGCAUUUCGUCCCGAUGGACUGUUGUUGAGCGUGCCCAAAUUCCAAGGGAGAUAGUGACAACCCGGUACUUCUUUGCGUGACGCCCCCCCUGACGUGUAAGUACGCUGCGUAGUCCGAAGAGGCACAGUGUGACGUGCGAUGACGGGGGAAACAAGAGUACACACCUCUCUCUCACCGACGGUUGUGAGGGAGUAUAUAUCGGGCCCACGUCGCCCCCGAUCCACUGCCUUUCCUUCUUUUACCUCAACUCCCUUGCCAUCGUUGAAUUUCCUUGUCUCCCAGUCCUCGACUUGACCACACAUCCCCCAGCACACAACAGCACAACCUUGAACAAGCACAGAGCCAUCUACCACCACCAUGGGGCAAAUGAUUCCAGACCUCGCCGCUACCAGCAGGGCAACGACCACCAAGAUCAAGCCAAACGGUACCUCCAACGGCAUAAACACCGCCGGCAAGAAGUGCCAACACGACCCAACCUUCACCCAAAAGGUCAUCGCCGCCACCGGCCCCAACGCCAACCCCAGACUCGCCCAGAUAUUCCCAAGUCUAGUCCGCCACCUCCACGACUUUGCCCGCGAAGUCAAUCUCACAGUAGGAGAAUGGAGCGCCGCCGUCGACUUUCUGAACGACUGCGGCAAAAUGUCCUCCGACCGCCGCAACGAAACCCAACUCCUUUGCGACAUCCUCGGCCUAGAAUCCCUCGUCGACGAGAUCACCAGCAAACAGCUCGCCACAUCCACCACCCAAACCCCCUCCGCCAUCCUCGGCCCCUUCUACCGCAGCGACGCCCCCUUCCUCCCAAACGGCACCUCCAUCGUCCAGGGCCUUUCCCCUUCGGUUUCGUGGUACGAGAAAGCCCUAGAGGACUCGGCCUUUUUAUCCGGCAAGGUCCUCUCCACAGACGGCAAGCCGAUCGAAAACGCCGUCGUAGAUGUCUGGCACACUGCGCCGAACGGGCUGUACGAGCAGCAGGAUUCUGACCAGCCAGAGAUGAAUUUCCGCGGGAGGUUCAGGACUGACCAGCAGGGGAGGUACGCGCUGUACGCGCUGAGACCGGUGCCGUAUCCCAUCCCGGAUGACGGGCCGGCCGGGAGGUUGCUCGGGUUGUUGGAUCGGCACCCGAACCGGCCGGGACAUAUCCAUUUCAUUGUUAGCGCCGAGGGGCAUAGGGCUUUGACGACGCAGUUGUAUGACAGCCGGGAUCGGUGGGUGGAUGAUGAUGCUGUUUUUGCUGUCAAGGAUGAGUUGGUUGUCAGGUUUGAGCCGAGGGAGGGGGAUCCGGGGGCGAGGUGGGAGUUGGGGUAUGAUUUUAUUCUGGGGAGGUGUUGA